UGUUGUUGAUUGGUUGUAACUGAUAAGUUGUAGCAAUAAUCAGUAACGCCAAUAUAACCUUCGUAGAUUAACUGUUUCAAUAUGAAAAAUUACAAAAUUGAAGGCACAAUAGGACAAGGGGCUCAUGGUCUUGUUUUACGAGGUCGUCAUGUGGACACUGGAGAGAUUGUAGCUGUAAAAAAGGUGCUAUUAAAACGAAUAGAAGAUGGGAUACCUGUUACUAUAUUUCGAGAAAUUAAAGCCUUACAAGAAGUCGACUGUGAGAAUGUAUGUGUGAACUUGCGUGUAGUAGACCGCUUUCUGUAUUGCACUGCUGCACUGGUUGUCCAUUUAUUGGAUGUGUUCCCACAGGGUCUGGGUUUCAUGUUGGUCUUCGAGUUUAUGCCAUCUGGACUGCAGGAAAUGAUGCGUGACUUUGAUAACUGCCUGACAGAGAGACAGAUUAAAAUGUAUAUGAUCAUGUUACUUAAAGGGGUAGCAUACUUGCAUAAGCAUCGUAUCAUGCACAGGGAUCUGAAACCUGCAAAUUUACUCAUCAGCCGUGAGGGUGUUUUAAAGAUUGCUGAUUUGGGACUCGCUCGCCUUUUUGGCAAUGAAGCAAUACAGCGACCAUACUCACACCAGGUGGCAACCCGUUGGUACCGAGCACCAGAGCUGUUGUAUGGAGCACGUUAUUACACUGAAAGUGUUGACCUGUGGUCUGUUGGCUGUAUCCUUGGUGAACUUCUCAACAAUUCACCUGUCUUCCGUGGAGAGACAGACAUAGAACAGCUUGCCAUUGUCAUCCACACACUAGGGACACCAAAUGAAGAAGUGUGGCCUGGGGUUUCAGCAUUGCCUGAUUACAAUAAGGUUUCCUUUAAAGAAUGUCGAGGUAUACCUUUGGAACAAGUUUUCCUUGAAGUUUCUCCAGAGGGUGUUGACUUGCUUAAAAAAUUAUUGCUGUAUGAUGCUUCUAAAAGAAUUUCAGCGGAAAAGGCUCUAGUGCAUCAGUAUUUUUUCACAAGACCUUUGCCAUGUCCAAUGAGUGAAAUGCCAAAACCAACAGAUGAACAUAGGCAGAAGAUUUCCAGCAAGGAGUAUGAUGUUGACAGAGAUGUGAGAACUUUUUUUGAUGAUCUCAGAGAUAUACUCCAACAAAAAUAAGGUCCAACUCCAAGCUUUAUGACUCUGUUUGGCCUUGAUCCUCUCCUGGAAAGGGUAUAUUCAUGCAGAAAUAUCUUCCAAUGUUCAUUAAGAGAAUAGCAUUUGCUGAUCAAUUUAGAGAAGUAGAUAAAAUUCAUUAUUUUACACAGAAAAAAGUUCCAGAAAAAUUUCAGUGAUAGUUGCUUUCAGAGAAAAUCAUGGAGCUAAUUGUGGAAACUGGUUAAGUGCGUGAAUACAGAACUUUGAGGUACCAUACAGUGUGGUAACUACAGUGUGUUGUCUUUAUUUGGUAUGUACAGUGUACAAGAAUUCGGUUACAAGAAAGGUGCAAAUAUAAAUAUCGGCUAAUAUGUAAAAACUGUUAUUUACAUAAUUUUAUUAUAAUCUAAAGAAAUAUAUUUAAGGCUGCAAAAUAAGCACAAAACAAAAAACAUAGAUUAUUUAGUAUAGUUGCUAGCAUCACUUUCAACAGAAAGCUGGAAUCUUGCAUUCCACUGUACUGUAAAUGUUAAAUGUGUAAUUUUAAUUCUGCAAGCAAUAAAAUGAGCAAAUACUCUGUCUGUCAGUAUAAUCUAUGCAGAUCUAUAACCAGUUGUAUUUUUAUGGUGAUACAAUUAUUGGCAAAUUCCUUUUGAUCGAGAAACUUGUAUCUUACAACCAACAUGCAUCUAUGACAUAUUAUGCUGAAUUCAGAUGCAGCAGUUAUAACACCUGCGUACAUAGGGUCAAUCUUCUUGAGGAAUUAGAUUGGAAUAAGUGGGAGAAGUAAACUUGUAUAUUGAAAUACUUUGUGGAAGGUAGGCUGAUCACUAUGAAUUUUAGGGAGAAAGCCAGCCUUACCAUUUGUCGCCAUGGGCUUCUUAUAUUCAUUUCGAAUGAAAUGUUGUAGAUAUCACGUCUUUGUUGGCGAAUGAGGUUGUGUCAUCACUGGAUAGUGAGAUGGAGGAUUUAAUGCCAUGACUUUAAAUGGAAAUAGAAAUAAAUCACUAGAAAGAAAACUGUUAAAAUUAACUGGAGCAGAGACCAUUGUUGAUAGUGGAUACAUCUUUGUUAGUGGCCAAAUUAACUUAUAGAAGAAUGCUAUAAAAUUUAGAAAUACCAUCAUCUAUUUUGCAGGGCCAGUAUCUGUUGUUUACGUGCAAAAUGGAAUCCAGAUUGGAGGCUGUGGCCAGAUCAUUUAAGGUUCCAAACUUGCAUUCAAGUUUGUAAAAUGCUUCAUGAUGAUCGGCAAUUAAUCUCAAGGAGCUGCAGCAAGUUUGAAAUGAAUAAAUGGCAGAAUACUAAUGGUAUUUGGCCAUUGUGUCUCCACACCACAAUCCAUUAAGUCUGUAUUGGUCGUUGACUGUAACAAUAAAGCAUUAAAACAUUUCAUGUACCAUAUAUCUAUGAGGAGAACUGUUAAAAUGA